UGACCUUAUUGAGUUAUGGAGACUCCAGGUGAAUGUCACGGAAAUGAGUCACAGGUCAUCCCGGUUUUGGAGGAAGACCCCGUGCACUAUGGCGGGGAGAUGCAGCUCCUGCAGGAUGGGGCACAGCUGCAACUGCAGCCAGAGGAGUUCGUGGCCAUAGCCGACUAUACUGCCACUGACGAGACCCAGCUCAGUUUUUUGAGAGGAGAAAAAAUUCUUGUCCUGAGACAAACCACAGCUGACUGGUGGUGGGGGGAGCGUGCAGGCGGCUGUGGGUACGUCCCCGCAAACCACCUUGGCAAGCAGAUCGAGGACUAUGACCCUGAGGACACCUGGCAAGACGAGGAGUACUUUGACAGCUACGGAACGCUGAAACUUCACCUGGAAAUGUUGGCCGACCAGCCUCGGACAACCAAGUACCACAGUGUCAUCCUACAGAACAAGGAGUCCCUGAAGGACAAGGUCAUCCUGGACGUGGGCUGUGGCACUGGAAUCAUCAGCCUCUUCUGUGCCCAUCACGCACGGCCCAAGGCAGUGUAUGCCGUGGAAGCUAGUGAGAUGGCACAGCACACAGGCCAGCUGGUCCUGCAGAACGGCUUUGCUGACACCAUCACCGUGUUCCAGCAGAAAGUGGAAGAUGUGGUGCUGCCCGAGAAGGUGGACGUGCUGGUGUCCGAGUGGAUGGGGACCUGCCUCUUGUUUGAGUUCAUGAUCGAGUCCAUCCUGUAUGCCCGGGAUGCGUGGUUAAAGGAGGAUGGCAUCAUCUGGCCGACCACGGCCGCACUGCACUUGGUGCCCUGCAGCGCUGACAAGGACUACCACAGCAAAGUGCUCUUCUGGGACAACGCGUACGAGUUCAACCUCAGUGCACUCAAGUCUUUAGCAAUCAAGGAGUUUUUUUCGAAGCCAAAGUCUAACCAUAUCUUGAAGCCAGAAGACUGUCUGUCUGAGCCAUGCACCAUACUGCAGCUGGACAUGAGAACUGUGCAGAUCUCUGACCUGGAGACCAUGCGUGGUGAGCUGCGGUUUGACAUCCAAAAGGCUGGUACCCUGCAUGGCUUCACAGCUUGGUUCAGUGUGCACUUCCAAAGCCUAGAGGAGGGCCAGCCACAGCAGAUGCUCAGCACAGGCCCGCUGCACCCGACCACACACUGGAAGCAGACCUUGUUCAUGAUGGACGACCCAGUCCCAGUCCACAUAGGAGAUGUGGUCACGGGCUCUGUUGUGUUACAAAGAAAUCCGGUAUGGAGAAGGCACAUGUCCGUCUCUCUGAGCUGGGCUGUCACUUCCACACUGGACCCCACAUCUCAAAGAGUUGGAGAGAAAGUCUUUCCAAUCUGGAGGUGACGAUUGAACACUGCUUGGGAGUCAUGGUCACAGUGUGCAUCUUGGUGGAAUAAGAUGCAUCUGGCCACGCGCUGUGACAUCCAGACGCACCUGUCCCAUGCACACCUGUCCCCUUUCCAACUAGCAGGUGACAUUGGGCCCCUCACUCCAAGUGUCAUUUCUCUCGUAGGCUGUGUAUGUAGGUGUUCAUCCUGUGGUGCCUGUCGGCUGCCAGUUGUGACUGUGACCCCAGCUCUGAGUAGCUGUAGAUUCCUCAGACACACAUUUCAGCCUGUUGACCUGUGACUGUGAUGCCCACACCUUGUGUCAGUGGUGUCCUUGAUGCCCUUGGCCAGCUGCUGCCCCUGUAGACUGUGGCUUGCAGAGCUGUGCUCUGGUGUUAGAGACAGCUGAGCCCCUGUGCCUUAGUGCAAGGACUGGUGGCGGUAGUGUAUGCAGUGGGCUCUGCAUGGGUAGCAGUCUGUAGCAUCUUAUGUGUAAACUAUGUGCAGGAUAUAGUACAUGCUCAAUAAAUAUUUUUAAAUGAAAAAA